UUUUAAAAAAUAUAACCAGAAUGAAGAGAUGAAAUCCAAGUUGUCUGAUGCUAUGGACGCUGUUCCAGGUGAAGAACGUAGCUUGGCAUGGGAGACCAAUUCAAGUAGAUGUUCCACAUCCCAUGCCUCAGAAACAAGCAUCACAUCUGGGGUAUACAGUAUGGAAAACUCAUACACUGACUGUUCUCUGAUGGAAGAGAGAAAGACCAUGCAGGAAAUACCAAGCAACUCAACACAUCAGACACCAAAUGAGAAGAUAGGAACAGGCAGCCAAGAAUGUGAUUUUUCUAGGAGGUCAGCGCUGGGAAAAGCUGAAGAAAGAGAAUUUGAUCGAACUGAUCCACAAUCAUGGCCCUCGCAAGUACAACCUUCUAAGAUUAAAGACUAUUUGGUUCAAAUCACACAGGAAGUAGUGACUUCAGUGUCAGAGGAGAAAGAAAAUGCUUUGAUGAAAAAAGGGGAGCUUCCUCUCAAAGGAACAGUAAGAGCCAGGAUUCUUCAAAUCACUGCUGUAUUGGAAGAAAGAAAUAAAAAGAUUUUCCGAAGGGUAAACAAUAAAGAUUUGCCUCCACCUUCAGAGGUUGUCAAGAAGCCAAGAGAACCACCCAAGGUAUUCUCCAAACGAGGCAUAUCUGUAUCUUUACGGCAUGUUGAACAAAACACUGUACAGAAGGAUAGCAAGAAGGAAGUUCCAGGUUAUAAUCUCAGGCAUGUAGAGACAAAAAGGCCGAAGUCUGCACUUUACAGCAAAGAGCAGAAGCAACCACAGCAUUCGUAUCUUCCUAAAUUGCAAAAUAAGCCUUCAGAAAAGCUACCAAAAAUUUCAACAAACCUUGCUGACAAAGCAAAGAAGCCAGAAACUAAACAAUAUUCACCUGCAACUCAGACGUCACUCCCUGAACUGAUUCAACCAGCUAAGUCUGACAAAAGGGAAAAAAGGGAAAAACAGUCUCUUUCUCCCAAUACAUCAAAUACCACACCGGAAAAAUCAUUCAACUUUGUUGAUGAAAUAGAAAAAAGGGAAAUUCAGGCUCAUUCACCAAUGGCCUUGGGGGUUUCUAAUAUAUUAAAAGAAGUGAGGCCACUGUCAGAGAAGGAAAUAGCUCAGCCUUGUUCCCCUGUUCCUGCUGAGUUUCUUCCUUAUGUUGCAAAAGAAGCAGAAAAUCAGUCUGACUCAACUAGAACAGUGCUAUCAGAAACUUCAAUUCAACAUGUGCAAUACCCUCAUAAUAUUACAGCUACUCCCUGUGAACCUGAAAGGUCUAACUUAACUGAAAUUACAAAUCAAUCUAUGAAAUUUACAAUUCCUUCACCACUGGAGGUCAAAGGUACACCCUUUGGGCAAGAAAGGAUGGAGGAGCAAUUUACUGCACUUUUCCAAACAAAGUCAGACCAGCUACCCUUGUUGUCUUUGGUUCAGGAAUCAGGAACUCAAGAAAUUGAAUCUGUAUCUGAUUUACCAGCUAUGCAUGGUGAACCUGCAGUGUCUGAUUUAGCUGAAAUUAGAAAUCAAGUUAGUGAGUCCACAACUCCUUCAGAAAUGGAAGUCAAAGGUACACCCUUGGAGCAUCCUGUUGAAGAAGCAGAGAAGCAAGCUGUUCCUCUUUAUUCAACUGAAACCAAAAAUGGCAUCCCUGAAAAGGCAAGAUUACAAUCUUCUGUUAAAGAAGGAGAAAAGCAAGAAACAGAAGAGCUGGCCAGGGAGUAUUCAGAAAAGAAAAGGCAGCAAGGCUUGGUGAGCCUGAAGUGUCUGACUUAG